AUGAAUAGAUGGUCGAGAUCAUUACCAUCGAUUAACGCAUUGACCGAUGAGACAAACUUCAAUAUUAAACCUUUCCAUCUACCAGCGAAAAACGUUUUAUCAUCAGUUAAUAAUUUAACCAAUGUUAAUCAAGUCAACACAAGUACCGUACACAUCGCACCGUCAAUUGCUACGACUAAUGAUGACAGCGAUUCGCUCACAGACGUGUCUGUAAUUAGUCCUGAAAAGCCAUCAUCUGUAAAUUAUGAGAAGAGGCCCAAGUUUAAUAGAGUAACAAACCAAUAUGAUUCAGUCAUAGAAAUCCAUGCAAUGUCACAUAAUGAAUUCGUACCCGUGGAUCAAUUAUAUGAUUCCUUGUUUGCUUACGCAAAUAGUUUUCAUCUUGACGAUAUGAUGUAUUCGCCUGAAGAUGUUAAAGUUCCAGUCGAAUCUCCACCAACUGUAAAACAACGAAGUGAACCGUCAGCGAAUCGUAUUCCAACACUUCCGAACACUAAUCUCAACAAUAACAAUAUGAUUCGCUAUCGAAGUUGUGAAGACGUCUACCAGAUGAACAGACAACCUUCGAUGUUUAAACAGCCUUCUAACGAAUGCAAACCAACGCCCGUUGUAGUCCAAGAAAAAAUUGACGAAGAUGAUAAUGAUAUUCAGAGUGAUGAGAGUACGACAGUUACAGAUGGCUCUAAAUUUCAAUGGGAAUACACUUCCGAAGCUGUUGAUCAACCGAAAAAAUCGACGAUAAACAUCACGAAUAACUAUCAUAUAACAGCAACAAGCAAACAAACAACUAUAAAUUGUACUCGUGAACCUGAACAACGUUCAUUGGCAACGAAAUCUAUCAAGAAAACGGCAUUGUCACCGAUUAUUAUUCGAGAAAGAAUGAGAGAUCCAUAUAGUGAACACCAUAUCGACACUCGGCCUAUUCAGCUAUCACCACCUCCUCUACGAACAACCCCGAUCAUCAUUCGAGAAAUCGUUCAUAGACCUUCUCCACCAAAUCAAGUCCCGACAAAACAUCCAUCACCGCCUACAUCAUUGAAUCAUUUCCACGAGUAUAACCGCUCAUCAAAGCCGCCCAUUGCUCCUAAAUUCAAGCCGUCUCUUCAACCUGAACGUGAUAUCAAUCAACCGUCGAAAGAAAUCAGUAUCGAUUACACUCAAAUGAAUAUCUCCAUAACAAAGAAUAUCCAUCAACGAGAAAACCCUAAGCAUAUUAUUCCGACGCAAUACAUUCAACACCAUGGAUCGACGUUAUAUCCAACCGACGUUUUCCAAAAUAUACUGACAAAUAUUACGGAUUAA